UUACAUUUUACAGCUGUAUUUGUGUCGUUUAAUAAAUUUCUUUGUUUUUCUAGCAUAUUAAUUUUUUUAAGAAGUUUUUGGCGGAAUUUCUUUUUCAUGUAUAAACUACUUAUAGUCAACAAAGUGCAUGCGAAUUCCUAAAGCGACUUUUGGCGUAAUAUUUAAGCAACUUUAAGGUAAUUCCUGAACGUAAACGGAUGCAGAUAGACAACAGUAUAAGAUGGAAGAUUGCUGCAGUAAUGAAAUGCGCAGUCAAACCUUUCAUAAUGUGUUGAAAUCAGUAUUAGAUUCCAAAGUAAUCAACAUCCAAGUAUUUACCGUGGCCGUUGGUAUCCUGUUUAUUGUAAUUCUACUGAAGAAUCGUUUUCGCAGUUUCUGUGGCACUUAACUAAACGAUAACGUAAUAAGGACUGGAGUUCUGUGGUGGUGUGUAAAACUGGACAUGUAGUAACUUAAUAAAUUAAGAUUCAAUAUAAAAAUCUAACUUGAAAA